GUAGCAGAGUGGAAGAGUGCACUAGAGAAACUCAAAACCAUUCCCAACGAUAUCAUAAUGCGAAAGCUGAGAACAAACUUUGAUGAUUUAGAUGACAAUGAGAAAGAAAUAUUCCUUGGGAUGGACAAAGAUGAUGUAAUCCAGACAUUAGCUUACUCUGGGCGUUUCCCGGAAAUUGGAAUAACAAUCCUUGACGAGAAAAGCCUUGUAACUAUUGAUAGCAAGAACAAGAUUGGAAUGCAUACUUUGGUACGAGCAGUGGGAAGAGAAAUCAUAAGGCAACAGUCGAUGGAUAUGGCCGAGGCAAAGAUGCAUGACGUGUUCUUGAGUUUCAGAGGGGAAGACAUUCGCGCGAAAUUCAUUUCACAUCUCUAUUCCUCUCUUGAAAGACGAUGACGGGAUUCAACGUGGAGAUAAGAUCUCAGUCUCAUUGUUACAAGCAAUUGGUCAGUCUAGAAUUUCUAUUGUUGUAUUGUCUAGAAAUUUUGCUAAUUCAAAAUGGUGUAUGCUUGAGUUGGAGAGAAUUGUGGAAAUCGGUAGAUCCCUCGGAAGUACGUCAUCAGACAGGAAAGUUUGGAGAAGCUUUUGAAUAUCUUAUAUCAACAAUAUCAGUGGAUGAAUACACAAAGAGGAAUUGGAAUACACAAAGAAAAAAGCUAUUGAGCAAAAAUUAUAUGAAUGAUUUAA